AUGUUCAGAAACAACUACGACAACGAUGCAGUCACCUUCUCUCCACAGGGUCGUAUAUUCCAAGUCGAGUACGCACAGGAAGCCGUGAAGCAAGGAUCCGUGGUUGUGGGAUUGGUGAACAAGACACAUGCCGUCCUGGUCGGACUCAAGCGAAAUGCCGAAGAACUCUCCUCGUACCAGAAGAAAAUCAUCGAAAUUGACUCGCACAUGGCCAUCGCCAUUGCCGGCCUGGCGUCAGACGCCCGCGUUCUGUCCAAUUUCAUGAAGCAGCAAUCGCUCGGUUCCAAGAUGACCUAUGGCCGUCCGAUCCCCUUGGAGCGCAUCGUCACGCAAAUCGCAGAUCGGGCGCAGACCAACACCCAACACUACGGCAAGCGACCAUACGGUGUGGGUCUGCUGGUGGCCGGCGUUGACGAUGCCGGCCCUCACUUGUUCGAAUUCCAGCCCUCUGGUAUGAUCCAAGAGAUGGUGGCCUGUGCCAUCGGCGCUCGCUCUCAGAUGGCGCGUACAUACCUGGAGCGGAACCUCGAUAAGUUUGCCGACUGCACUCGGGACCAGCUGAUCAACCAUGGGCUGCGGGCUCUGAAGGAGACGCUUUCCCAGGAUAAGGAGCUGACGGUGGACAACACAUCUGUUGGCAUUGUUGGGCUGGCUCCCGAAGGCUCAAAGGCCCGUAUCGAGAGCUUCAAGCUUUACGAGGGACAGGAGACCGUGCCACUUCUGGAGGCUUUGGAGCGGUCCGAAUCAUCUGGUACUAUGGAGGAAGAGUCUAUGGAAGUUGAUUCAUAG